CACAGAAAUAAGCAGCAUUUUUUCCCCCCGCGGAUACAUUAUGUCUGUCCAGGCUUUAGCCGCCACCAAAAUGUUAUUUUCGAUUUUAGGAAAAGUGUUCACGUGGAAAUAGGUGUUGGUUACGUGCUCGCUCCCGUCCCCGUACGUGAUGACGUGUCUUCUCCGCCGCCUGUUGGUCUUUCACAGUUGGUGACGAGUGUUAUGAAAAUGGCCUCAACCCUGCCCGUGAGCACGGUAAACCGGAGAAGAUGACGAUGUUGAUCUUUUGUAAGUCGGCCAAACACCAAAGUGUCUUCUUUGAACACGUAGAUUAAAAGGAAGUUAACGGAAACUAAGAGACUGUUGGCAGGGAAACGUCUAGAAACACCACAGACCACCGCAUAUUUUCGUUGGGCAGAGGAGCCACUAUGGAGGAUAUCAACUCAAAUAUCAACGCGGACUUGGAGGUGCGGAAGCUCCAAGACUUGGUGAAGAAACUCGAACAGCAAAAUGAGCAGCUCCGGAGCCGGUCUACCAUGUUGUCCUCGUCCGGAGCGAUGUCAGCGAACCACAGACCCCUCAGCGCCGGGUACGACUCUUCGUCUCUGUCAGCCGGGCUGGCCGGCUUCCCUGGGGUGGGGUUCGUCGGAACGGGCGGCUACGGUGGGCUGCUGGAGAACAACCGCUGUUUGAGCCCCAGACUGUCUUACGACGGCAUCAGCUUCAGGAGGGCGUAUGAAUACGAAGGGGCAUCUGCCUCUCCCUCUAUGCCGAGUAUGAACUCUCUUUAUUCGGACACCACAGGGGGAUAUAACGAUGAAGGGGAAACAUCUAUCUUAGAUGAAGUGGAAAUUUUAGACUUGGAAGACAUGGAUUGUCUCCACGAAGACGAGGACAGCUGGCUUUACGAGGCGAAACUGAACAGCCCCUUGCAGAAAGCCUUGAGUCCUAUCGUUUGGUGCCGCCAAGCUCUUGACAACCCAAGUCCUGAGAUGGAGUCAGCCAAGCGCUCUCUCAUCCACAGACUGGAUCUCACCCUGUCAGCCAACAAGCGAAGGAGCCUGUAUGGAAGCCCCUACAACCAGCAGAGUUAUGGAAGUCCUUACAGCACAAACGCAGCCAACAGCCCCUACAGCAGUGGCUUCAACUCCCCCUCCUCAACCCCCUGUAGAGUGCCCAUUGUCAGACAGCAACUUAUGCCAGGGAACGCAGCGCACCAGCGAAACUCAGCAGCAGAGAGGAAUCCUCCUGCGGUGAGCCCUCAGUCAUCAGUCGACAGCGAGCUGAGCACCUCAGAGAUGGACGAAGACUCAGUCGGCUCUUCAACUACCUACAAACUCAAUGAUGUCACUGAUGUCCAGAUACUCGCACGCAUGCAAGAAGAGAGUUUGAGACAAGAGUAUGCUGCAACAGCCUCCAGAAGAAGCUCAGGCUCCUCCUGUCACUCUCUUCGGCGCAGCACAUUCAGCGAUCAGGAGUUAGAUGCACAUAGCCUGGAGGAUGAAGAAGAGGCAGUGCACCCCGCCUUUCACCUGCCCUCCAGUCGUUUCAGCCCGUCCCCUCGACACUCUCCCCGAGUCUCCCCCAGAAAUUCGCCCCGUUCUCGCUCCCCUGCCCGCUCUAUUGACUAUAGCCACAGCCGUGGCUCGCCUCAGCCUAUCAUCAGCCGCCUGCAGCAGCCUCGCCACUCACUGCAGGGCCAUGGGCACGACCUGCAGACCAACGUAGUCAAAAAUGAAGAAAAAUUACGUCGUAGUCUUCCCAACCUCACACGCUCCUCUGCAGCUGCAGCUCAAGCUCAAGAGCCCGUCAAGAACAGCCGCAGCUGUGAAUCCAACCUGCAAGUGCCAAAUGGUGGCUCUCCUCGACACCAGAACCAGUCUGCAACAGCAGCUCAGCUCCCGAGAUACUCAACCCCUUCUCGCUUGUCCCCGAAACCUAAACAGCAUCUCCAAAGCCCAACAGCUCUGCGAGUCCCCUCUCCCAGUAAGCUGCGGACUCCAGCCACCCCGUCCCCACUGGCUUUGAGGCAGCCUGUUAAGGCCACAUCCAACCCUAACUCUGCCACCUCCACACCCACCCGUUCCCUGGCUCCUCCACGCAGCGGUUUGCCUCGCCCCAGUGCUUCUCAAGGAGGGGGGAUCCCUCUGCCCCGCAGCAAACUGGCCCAGCCUGUGCGCAGAUCUCUUCCUGCUCCUCGGACCUACAGCGGCACAGGGGAAAACUGGAGAGAAGGUUGUUAUUGAAGUGAGCCAGUAGGGGGCUCCCUAAUCAAACUAUCCACACAAGGAAGCAGACAUUACAACAUGGCACUUUAUCUUCCUAGAUACCUUUUACAGUGAAGAAAGAGAGAAACUAUGAUCCAAAAGUAUGAACAAAAUAAGAAUUUAAAAAGAAGAGGACAGUGUCCCCAACGUGUUCCUCUUCGGGGUCUGGCUCUGGAGGGGUCAGGCAUGAAGUGCAGACCAGAAGAUGCCAAAGAAACCAGCCCGACUCCAGCUCGCCCAGCAGAGGACACAUCGCCUGCCUUCAAUUGACUGCAAUCAUCUGUCAGACAGUCCGUAUAUCAUCCCUGAACUUUUCUCCGAUGACCCCCCCCCUUUUCUUCUGUCACCUCCCUCAGGUUGAAAUGUUUCCACACAUUUCUCUCUUUAUGCUCUGUGUUUAACAGAUUGUAGGUGAGCGAUCUCUAUGAUGAUGCUGUGCAGGUGAACGUCCCGUAAUGUUAGAGAAUUGUUGAUGUCUUGCAACAGUGAAAGCACCUCUGUGGGUUUUAAAGAAUCUUUCCUCUUUCAAAUCAGCCAGAAUGUAUGCACAAGUUUGUUUUGGAAAUUAUUUAUUCAAAUUAUUUAAAGAAUUGUAUGUCAAAACAUCCAUAUCAGUAUUUUGUUUAGGAAUUUCAGUUGUUUAAAAUGUACAUUUUGAACCUCAACUACAAGCUAACUCUCCAAAGCCUUUUUUGUGUCAAGUCAGGACUUGAUUAUAAACAGCUCGGCCAAAGCCUCAGUUCUGACUUGUACUACAGUUUGCCAAGAUUAUACAGUGCUGAUACAGUUAAACAGAGGGGUGUACUACAAAGCAAGGAUGUUGUUGGGCUUUUUUUUUGCAUUUAAUGGCCCAACAAACCUUAAACCUUGGUCAGAUUAUGUAGUGUCUUGUUCCACAACUGUUUCAGUCACUAAUAAGGCAGUGAUAUUACAAAGAGAGCACAAAGCCAGCACUUAGACUCCAUCAUUGCCUCCAGCACAGUGGUGACAGUUAUUGUUACCUCCUUCUCUUCUAAUACUAGCUGGUCAGUGAUUGUAGAUGUUGUCCAUUAGGUCAAACCAUUUCCAGUUCUUCCAGUGGAGGCUGUAAUUUUCCUGAACUCACUCCAAGUUUUUACGGUUUGGUCUGGCAAUGCUUAGAUUUCUGCCCGAGCCCCUUCUCAGCCAUCUACCCUUUAAUGAAAGACACAUGGAAACCCCCUUUAGAUUUUUGGCCAAAUUAUAAGUAAAAUGGGUUUUAUUCAUCCAUUUCCCUUCACUCAUCCAGGGCUGAAUAACAGUGGCAGCAGACUACAUGAACCUAGACAUCCCUCUCCCCAGCAACACCUGUCAUAAGGCUUGCACCUUUAAGGUCAACCAUGGGGUUGGGCAACACGAUGACAUUAUGUGCAAAAACAAAAUAAGCCUUGAAAUUGAUCCUUCAAAGGCUAAGGGUGAUUUAGGCCGUUUUAAAAAGAUGAUUUAGGCUUUUUAAAAAUUUUUCAUUAUUACUGCUGUCCCAGGGCUGCACGGCAGCACAGGGUCAGCGCUUUUGCCUCACAGCGAGAGGGUUUCUGGUUCACUUCCCAGUCAGGGUCUUUCUGUGCAGAGUUUGCAUGUUCUUUGUGCAUGCGUGGGUCCUCUCUUGGUACUCUGGCUUCCUCCCACCACUAAAGACAUGCUCAUUGGGUUAUCUGAUCACUCUAAAUUGGCUGUAGGUGUAAGUGUGAGCGUGCUUGCUUUUCUGUCUAUAUGCCAGCACUGCAACUGACUGGGGACCAGUCCAGGGUGUACCCCACCUCUCACCCAAUGACCGCUGGGAUAGGCUCCAGCCCCCACGACCCCCAAGGAUAAUUGUAGUAGAAAAUGGAUGGAAAGGACAAUUCUUUUAACCAAUCAGCAGACUGUAAGGUGUCUAGUCCCAUCCUUACUGUUGGGUUGGUACAUUUGGUACACAGACAGAUGGGACUGGUUGGAUCUGUUAUUUUGGAACCUUUCCCAGCUUUUGACUGUGGAAAUGCAAAUAAUUGGUUACCUUUCCUGUAGUAACCUUGUUUGCCUGUUUCCCUUUAAUUCCCUCUUUUUAAGGACAGUUUAAACCUGAUGAGAUCAUUGAUGAUAUACUAUUUUUUCAUUUAGGAUACUUGGAAAUCCAUCAGCCAAAUCACAAGUAGAAUGGGUUUAUCCAUGCAUUUUCUUCAGCUUAUCCGGGGCUGAGUUGCAGCAGCAGCAGGUUACACAAGCUGGUUCAGACCUCUCUCUCCCCGCUAAGGUUCUAGCUUUUCAUGGAGACUCCAGAGAAAAUCCUGGGUCUGGAGGGUUCUGAGUUCUGAAUCCAGGCUAUCCUCCUAGUUGGACAUUGCUCUGUAGAAAGGUGACACAAACCACCUCAAAUGCAGCAAAGGAGCAGCAAAUCUACUCCAAGCUCCCUCUGCUCAGCCCUGCAAAAAAUUAUUUUCAGCCUCUUGUAUCCCAGUGUCAUUCAAUCCCAAAGCUCAUGACCAUGGUGAAGGUCAGAGCGAGGACAGUAGAUGUAGAAAGGCCUAGAGCAGUGAUACUCAACGUGUGGCUCUUCAGAAUGAAUGUCAUCAUUUGAAAUACUUUUCACCCAGAAAACCUGAAAAAAGAUAAACCUUGACCUCAGAAAUUAACCAUUGUAAGCCACAUUAAUCAGUUUGUUCUCCAGUCUUGUGUAGCGAGCUUUAAUUGUCAGCCUUGAUUUUUUUAUUUGUCUGUGUAUUUCCAUUGCUCUUAUUAGGAAAUCCCCCCCCUUCCUUUUUUUGAUACUUCCAAUCAUUUUUUCUGCUUUUUAAGCCCAUUUUUGCCACUGUUAUUCUAUUUU